UCUCAAAAACCAAAGGAUUACAUAGCGUCGUAUCAGUGUUGUGAUUGAUACCUGCUGGUGCUGUCAAGACUCGCUCCCCCUUGUGUCGGCGACCCAAAAAGGAAGCUUUCACUCCCUUUCUGAGCCCUUCCUCCGUCCGCGAAACACAACCAUGGCAAACCCCGACGCACCGCUAGGCGCAGCCGCCGCCGGGCCGUCGACAGUGUUGGACGUCGUGGAACCUCCCUCGCCGUCCGCUCCGAGUCCGCAACACGAAAAAAAGAAGUUCCUACGUCUGUUUGCCCUCGCCGAUGGCGUAUCGCAUACGAGUUUCGCAGUGUACCUCCUAGCCGCCAUGAUGGGGAUCUGUUUGUUUGUUUUCAUCAACGCCUCGCAGGGCUUCGUCCUCAGCCAAAUCCUCCAUCUCCCCUCCAGCACCCUCGGCAACGCCACCGGCACCCUCACAUUCUCCGACGAGCUCCUCUCCCUCCCGCUCGUCCUCCUCUGGGGUCUCUUAUCCGACCGCGUCGGCCGGCGCACCGUCUACGGCCUCGGGUUCGCAUUCAUGUCCGUCGGGCUCGCGCUUUUCACCUACGCGCGGGACCUCUACCCCGACCUCCUCCUCUACCGACUGGUGUUUGCGGUGGGUGGGGCGGCGGGCAGCAGUAUGAUGACGGCGGUGUUGGCGGAUUAUGCGGCGGAUGAGGAUAGGGGGAAGGUCAGCGGGCUUGUGGGGCUGUUGAGUGGGGUUGGGGCGCUGGUGGCGUUGUUUGGGUUUUUGAGGGUGCCGGCGGGGUUUGGGGACGGGGAGAGGGGGUUGAGGGUUACGUAUUGGAUUGUGGCGGGGGUUGCGGGCGCGUUUGCGGGGGGUUUGUGGGUUUUCUUGAGGGGUGGGGUUGGGCAUGGCGCGAAGGACGACGUUGCGGAGCGACGAGAGGAGGGACCACCCGUUUCGCCGCAGAGAAGCGAGAACUCGUUGACGUCGGAUACGGACCGACCGUUGCUGUCGCAGACGCCGGCGCCGGAUAUGCAGCGGAAGAAAAGUGUGUGGCAGCUGGCAAAGGAAGGCGUUCUGGCCGCUCGCGACUCGCGCAUAUUACUGGGCUACGCAGGCAGUUUCCUCGCCCGCGGCGACACCAUCAUCCUCACCCUCUUCCUCCCCCUCUGGGUCUACAAACACUACCUCGACACCGAUCUCUGCCUCCCCACCCCUUCCAGCCCCUCCGACCCCCCCUUCGACCCGCACGACCCAGACCUCAAACUCCACUGCCGCCCCGCCUACCUCAAAUCCUCCGCCCUCUCCGGCAUCGCCCAAACACUCGCCCUCCUCGGCGCCCCCUUGUUCGGCACACUCUCCGACACACUCUACCGCCCCAUCCCGCUCCUCCUCUCCGGGCUGCUCGGCCUCCUCGGCUAUGGGUUGCUGGUCCUCCCCGCCAUCACCCCGACAUCCGCCAUCGCGUAUAUCCCGAUGCUGAUGAUCGGUCUAGCGGAGAUCGGGGUCGUGGUGGGGUCGUUGGCGUUGGUCACGGCGACCGCGUAUGUGCCGCGGGAUGUGAGGGGCUCCGUGGCGGGUGUGUCGAGUUUUUGUGGGGCGGUGGGGAUUUUGGUGAAUACGAAGCUGAGCGGGGUGUUGUUUGAUGGGUGGAGUUCGAGGGCGCCGUUUGUGGUUAUGGCAGUUGCGCAUGUGCUCUUUGUCGGGGUUGCGGGGUGGGUUGUUGGGAGAGAUUGGUGGGAGGCAAGGGGGCACGUGCGGCGGAGGGAUGAGGGUGUUCUUGGGGGCGAUGGGCAUGUUGAUGAGCGGACGCAGGAUGUCCCGAGGGAUGCUGCCGGUUCAGGACCCCCAGCUUCUGUCAUGGCAAUCAUGAAACAUAGGUUCAACACCCGGCCGAUGCAAAAGAAGCAGUAAAGGAAUAAUAACUGAAGUGAAGACUCUUUGUAUCUUA